AUGGCCCAGGAUAACACUUCCUCGCCAGAGGGCGUCUCCUCCCUUCUAGACACCGAUCUUUACAAGCUGACAAUGCAAUGCGCAAUUCUCAAAUACUUCCCUGAUGUUUAUGUGACCUAUGGCUUUACGAAUCGAACCCCGCAUAUGAAGCUGCGGCGCGGGGCAUACAAAUGGCUCCUGCAGCAGCUGGAGAAGCUCGGAACCCUCCGCGUCACUGCCGAAGAGCGCGCUUUCCUUAAACGCAAAUGCCCAUACCUCAACGAUGCCUACCUCACCUUUCUUGAGAGCUUCCAACUCAGACCAGCCGAGCAGGUUGAGGUCAAAUUCACGCCUACACAAGAUACGGGCAGCGACGAGGACGAAGGCGCAAUCGAAUAUGUCGUCAAGGGCCUCUGGCUCGAUACCAUCCUCUAUGAGAUCCCGCUGCUGGCACUGACCAGCCAGGCGUAUUUCAUGUUCAGUGAUAAGGACUGGGAUUACGAGGGUCAGGAGGAAAAGGCAUACCGCAAGGGAUGUAUACUACUGGAGAACGGGUGUAUUUUCUCCGAGUUUGGGACCCGGCGACGACGCGAUUAUCAUACUCAGGAUAUCGUGAUGAAGGGUCUCACUCGUGCUGCAGAGGAUGGAAAGAAGAAUGGCUGGAAGGGUGGAUUGACUGGUACGAGCAAUGUGCAUUUUGCCAUGAAGUACGAUGUCAAUGCUGUGGGUACUGUCGCGCACGAGUGGUACAUGACCAUCGCCGCUAUCACGAACAAUUAUGAGAAUGCCAAUGAGUUAGCAUUGCAGUACUGGCUCGGAUGUUUCGGAGAGGGGGUCCUCGGUAUCGCCCUCACCGACACAUUCGGUACACCGGCUUUCCUGGAUGCGUUCCGCAAGCCUAUUAAAACCCCCGAGAGCGAGAGCAGUGCCUCCAAGACAUACGCACAGACCUACACGGGUGUGCGCCAGGAUUCAGGAGACCCAUCAAACUUCAUCAAGAUGGUGCGCGAGUUCUAUGAUCGCGAAGGUAUCACCGACAAGAAGAUGGUCGUGUUCUCUGAUUCGCUGGACAUUGAUUCCUGUCUUGAAUACAAGACUCUUGCCGACAAAGCGGGCCUAACUCCCUCUUUCGGCGUGGGAACUUUCUUCACAAAUGACUACCUCAGCAAGACCAGUGGCGAGAAGUCAAAGCCUCUCAACAUUGUCAUCAAGAUCUCCACGGCUAACGGCCGCCCGGCCGUGAAGCUCAGUGAUAAUCUCGGCAAGAAUACAGGAGACAGCGCCACUGUUGCAGAGGUGAAGAAGAGGUUGGGAUACACCGAGCAAGAGGGCGUGCAAAUUGACGAGAGCAACCGUUGGGCUCAACGGAAAUAG